AUGACGGCUCUCCCCUUUCACGCGAAACCUGCGACGGUUCCCGCAGCAUUCGAGAAGCUGCGACCGCUCAUAGAAUCGGAGUUCACGCAGUCGACAUUAACAUUCUAUCUCAACGGUGUGAGGAUCGACCUCGCAAACCCGAAUCCCGCCUGGACAUUGUUAGACUUCAUCAGGUCGCGGCAUGGCCACAAAGGCACCAAGCUUGGAUGCGGCGAGGGAGGUUGCGGUGCAUGCACUGUGGUUCUCCAGACAUGGGAUGCCUCCCGCAAAGGACCAUGGCACACAGCUGUCAAUGCCUGCUUGUAUCCAUUGGUCGGAGUUGUUGGCAAGCACCUGAUCACUAUCGAAGGACUAGGCAGUGUUGACCACCCACAUCCUCUGCAAGAACGAAUUGCCAAGCUCCAUGGUUCACAAUGUGGUUUCUGUACGCCAGGAAUCGUCAUGUCGCUGUACGCUUUGGUCCGAAACGCAUACGACCCUGUGUCACAAGUCUUCGAUCUAUCAGCCGAGCAGAUCGAGAUGGAAGGUGUUCUUGACGGCAACCUCUGCAGAUGUACAGGCUAUAAACCGAUCCUGCAGGCUGCCAAGACCUUCGUUACAGAAGACCUUCGAGGUAAGGUCAAGGAAUCUCCCGCGGUGUCGGUGAACCUAGACGAACUCGAGAGUGAUGUUCCCUACAAGUCAGAAGAUGCCGUCAGAGUACCUGGUGCAUCGUCAAGAAGCUGUGGUAGACCUGGUGGUUGCUGCAGAGACAAACCGCUCGCAAGCACAGCGGACUCCACAGAUUCGACAGAGUCGUCGAGCGAAGCCACUAACUCCGCAUCUGACGCCGAAUCCCACACAAGCAACGAGCUUGAUGUAACAGGCGCCGAGUAUGGUAAGCCGAUCCGUGCUCGAGUCAGGGCUACAGGGCCAGGAGAUGAAGGUGAAGGGACCAAGACGAGAAGUUCGACGGACGUACCUCCGCCUGUUGCCAAGGACGGACACCUGGAGACCAACUUUGCCGCUUAUACUCCAGGAACCGAGCUCAUCUUUCCUCCAGCUUUGCGCAAAUUCGUCCCUGAGCCGAUAUGUUAUGGAGACGACAAGGCAAUAUGGCUGCGGCCAACCACGGUGGAUCAGGUCUUGAGAAUCAAGGCUCUCGAUCCUACCAGCAAAGUUGUGGGCGGCUCGAGUGAAGUGCAAGUCGAAAUUAGAUUCAAGCACUCCAAAUUCGUGGUUUCGAUAUUCCUGGGAGAUCUACCAGAGUUGACAGCAACCAGCCUCCCCGACCAUGAGGCAGGCAUAAACAGCAUGACGGAAUUGAUCGUUGGCGCCAACACAUCCUUGACCAGGCUCGAGGGCAUCUGUGCAGACUUGGCCCAGAAGCUGGGACGUCGUGGGCUUGUCCUCGAAGCGUGUCGGAAGCAACUGAGGUACUUCGCCGGCCGACAGAUCAGGAACGCCGCCUCGCUUGCUGGAAAUCUUGCUACAGCAUCCCCCAUAUCUGACAUGAACCCUGUUCUCCUAGCUGCAGGCGCCACUGUUAUAGCUAAGAGCCAGGAACAAGCAGAGAUCGUGCUGCCCAUGGUAGAUUUCUUCAAGUCCUACAGAGUGACAUCUCUGCCAGCAGACGCCAUCAUCACGAAAAUUCGGAUACCGAUACCCAGUGCAGACGACAGACAAAUUUUCAAGGCCUACAAGCAAGCCAAGAGAAAGGAUGAUGACAUUGCCAUUGUCACAGCGGCAUUCAGUGUAAAGCUUGAUACCGAGGGCAAGGUGGACCGCAUCUCGCUCGCAUAUGGCGGCAUGGCUCCAAUGACUGUUCUCGCAAAGAAGACAAUGGCUGCCCUGCAGGGCAAGCCGUGGUACAGCCCAGAAACCUUGGACCUAGCGCUCAAGACCAUCGGCGACGACUUCAACCUGCCGUUUGGCGUGCCUGGCGGUAUGGCUUCCUACCGUAAGACUCUCGCAAUGUCUUUCGUCUUCCGCUUCUGGCAUACAGUCGUCUCAGAGCUUGGUCUCGGUCAGGUAGAUCGUGACCUGAUCGAAGAAAUUCACCGCGGUCUCUCGUCAGGAUCAAGGGACAACUACAAUCCCCACGAGCAGCGUGUUGUCGGCAAGCAGAACAGAGAGCUAUACGGUGCUUUUGUCUUCUCUCCCAGAGCACAUGCCAAAAUUGUCAGCAUCGACUACAGUCCAGCUCUUGGACCAGGUCUGGCGCUCGGCUAUGUCGAUCAUAAUGAUCUAACCCCAGAGCAAAACAUGUGGGGUUCCAUUAGGAAAGACGAGCCGGUGUUUGCGGCUGGCAAGGUCGAAUCACACGGCCAAGUCAUUGGUCUUGUGUACGCAGAAUCGCAGCUGCAGGCACAAGCGGCUGCCAGGCUUGUUAAGAUCACCUACGAAGACUUGCCUGUGAUCCUUACCAUUGACGAAGCGAUUGCAGCUGAAAGCUUCUACCAGCAUGGCAAACAGCUGAAGAAGGGAGCUGCUAUCACAGAAGAUACCAAAAAAGCCAUGGACGAUGUCUUUGCCAAAUGUGAUCGCAUCUUCGAAGGCGUCGUGCGGAUGGGCGGUCAGGAGCACUUCUUUCUCGAGACGAACUGUGCACUUGUAAUACCUCAUUCUGAGGAUGGCACCAUGGAUGUGUACUCGUCCACUCAGAAUACUAUGGAAACCCAAGAAUUUGUCAGCCAUGUCACCGGCGUGCCCUCCAACCGUAUCAACGCAAGAGUAAGACGUCUGGGCGGCGGCUUCGGUGGCAAAGAAAGUCGCUCUGUGCCAAUUGCAUGCGCAUUGGCUGUGGCUGCCAAAAAGGAGAAACGACCAGUCCGAUGCAUGCUGACCAGAGAAGAGGACAUGAUGACCAGUGGCCAGCGACAUCCGUUCCAGGCCCGCUGGAAGGUAGGCGUCAUGAACGACGGCACACUGGUUGCCCUCGACUGUGAUUUAUACAACAAUGCCGGAUUCAGCUACGACAUGAGUGCCGCAGUAAUGGAUCGUGCAUGCACGCACGUUGAUGGGUGCUAUGAGAUUCCGCAUGCCUGGAUCCGCGGACAUGUCUGCAAGACCAACACGCACAGCAACACCGCUUUCCGAGGCUUUGGCGGCCCGCAAGCGAUGUUCAUCGCCGAAAGCUACAUGAUUGAUGUGGCAGAAGGGCUCGGCAUGUCGGUAGAAGAGCUGAGGCUGAAGAACUUGUACAAGCAAGGCGAUCUGACGCCUUUCCUUCAGAAGAUCGAUCAAGACUGGCAUAUCCCGCGGCUGCUGUCCCUGGUCCAGAAGGAAGCAGACAUCGACGCCCGUGCCGCAGCGAUCAAGAAGUUCAAUGCCACCCACAAGUGGAAGAAGCGAGGCAUGUCUGGCAUGCUGCCUGUGAAGUUUGGCAUAUCCUUCGCAACUGCAGUCCAUCUCAACCAAGCUGCCGCAAACGUCAAGGUAUACGCCGAUGGCUCCAUUCUGCUGACGCAUGGCGGCACAGAGAUGGGCCAGGGUCUGUACACGAAGAUGUGUCAGGUGGCUGCUCAAGAGCUCAAAGUGCCCCUUGAUGCAAUUUACACACAAGACACUGCCACGUACUCAACCGCCAAUGCCUCGCCGACGGCAGCAUCCAGUGGAAGCGAUCUCAACGGCAUGGCUGUGCUUGACGCCUGCAACCAGAUCAACGAGCGGCUCGCGCCAUACUGGGAGAAGUUCGGUCCCGGCGCAACGAUGAAGCAGGUUGCUCAUGCCGCUUACCUCGACAGAGUCCAGCUGUCUGCUGAAGGCUUCUGGAAAAUGCCGCGCGUGGGAUAUAAAUGGGGCAACUACGACGCAGCCACAGUCAACCCAAUGUACUACUACUGGACUCAAGGCGUUGGUGUCAGUGAAGUCGAGCUGGAUCUCCUGACAGGAGACCAUACCGUUCUGCGAACAGAUAUCAAGAUGGACGUUGGCCGCUCCAUUAAUCCUGCGAUCGACUAUGGUCAGAUCGAAGGUGCCUUCGUGCAGGGUCAGGGGCUCUUCACCAUGGAGGAGAGUCUCUGGACGCAGUCUGGACAGCUGUUCACGCGCGGUCCAGGAACAUACAAGAUCCCUGGCUUCAGUGACAUCCCACAAGAGUUCAAUGUUAGCUUUUUGCAAGGCGAGGAUUGGAGCCCAUUGCGCACUAUUCAGAGCAGCAAGGGCAUAGGCGAGCCGCCGGUGUUCCUGGGAGCUACGGUGCUGUUCGCUCUCAAAGAUGCGCUUGUGGCAGCUAGGAAGCAGAAUGGUGUGGACGAGGCGUUCGUUUUGGAUAGUCCUGCAACGGCUGAGAGGUUGAGACUGCUGGUUGGGGACGAUAUCCUGAAGAUGGGGACUGUGAAACCCAAAGAGGGCGAGCGGAACUUCCUCGUUGCAGUAGCAUAG